CCCGCGCGGUGGCUGUCGGGACUACAUUUCCCGGCGUGCUCAGCGGCGCUUGGCCUGAGGCCCAGUCAGGUGAUGGCGUCGCCUGACGCGUGAGGGGAAGGACCGGUCGCCCCUCUCCUCCCUCAGCUCGCCCUCCGCAGACGCCGCCGUCCUGCCCCGCGCCCACCCGGGGAUGGCCCGCCCCGCCGCGGACUUAGCCUGAAACCGGGGAGCCGGAGUCGACAUCCAGGCUGCCUCAGACCCCCGGCUGGGACGGGGGGAGGGAGCCAGACACAACCCCCCCCCCCCAAAAAAAGAGUCAAAAUGUCACCGGAGUCAAAAAAGCUUUUCAACAUCGUGAUUCUGGGAGUCGCCUUUAUGUUCAUGUUUACCGCCUUCCAAACAUGUGGGAACGUGGCGCAAACUGUCAUCAGAAGCCUAAACAGCACAGAUUUCCAUGGCAGUGGAUACACCAGCAUGGCGAUUAUCUAUGGGGUGUUUUCGGCCUCAAAUCUGAUUACGCCUUCAGUGGUUGCCAUAAUAGGACCUCAGCUCUCCAUGUUUGCAAGUGGCUUGUUUUAUAGAUCUCCUCCGAUAGAGGCUCCGGGGAAGGCUCGGGAGAACAGUGCAAAGGAGGCUCAGUUUGGCCUCGAUCCUCAGGGCAUAUACAUUGCCGUUUUUAUCCAGCCUUUCACGUGGUCCUUCUACACAGCCUCUGUUUUCAUCGGGAUCGCAGCUGCUGUACUCUGGACUGCCCAAGGAAACUGCCUGACAAUAAAUUCAGAUGAAAACACAAUCGGGAGAAACAGUGGAAUCUUCUGGGCCCUCCUGCAAUCCAGCCUGUUCUUUGGAAACCUCUACAUAUACUUUGCCUGGCAAGGGAAAACUCAGAUAUCAGAGAGUGACCGGCGAACAGUUUUUAUUGCUCUGACAGUGAUCAGCCUUGUGGGGACGGUUCUUUUCUUUCUCAUUAGGAAACCAGACCCGACGCAGGUCUUGGGAGAGGAAGAUUCUUGCGACAGCCAGAGCUUGGAAGCCAAUACGUGCAUCCAGAGCAACAUGACGAAGGCGAUAGAUGCAUUCAGAAAGUCCAUGAGACUAUGUGCCACCAAAGAGAUUCUACUUCUCAGUGUUACAACAGCUUACACAGGUCUGGAGUUGACUUUCUUCUCUGGGGUAUAUGGGACCUGCAUUGGAGCCAUCAAUCGGUUUGGCUCCGAAGAGAAGAGCCUGAUUGGACUGUCUGGCAUUUUCAUUGGCAUCGGAGAGAUUUUAGGUGGGAGCCUCUUCGGCCUGCUGAGCAAGAACAACCGUUUUGGCAGGAAUCCGGUCGUACUCUUGGGCGUCCUGGUACACUUUGUCGCCUUUUACCUGAUUUUCCUGAACAUGCCCGCGGAUGCACCCAUCGCUCCCGUCGAGGGGACCAACAGCCGGGCAUACCUCAGUCCCAGCAAAGAGGUGGCCAUCUUUUGCAGCUUCUUGCUGGGACUUGGAGACAGCUGCUUCAACACCCAGCUCCUGAGCAUUUUGGGUUUCCUUUACUCGGAAGACAGCGCACCUGCUUUUGCCAUCUUUAAAUUUGUCCAGUCCAUCUGUGCAGCAGUGGCCUUUUUCUACAGCAACUACCUGCUUCUCCACUGGCAGCUCCUGCUCAUGGUCAUUUUUGGCUUUUUGGGAACCAUCUCGUUCUUCACCGUGGAGUGGGACGCCGCCGCCAUCGUGGCCCGGGGUUCCGAGUACCGGAGCAUUUGAUGGAGGCACCCGGGGCUGAGGGCGAGGGGGCCCGGGGGACCGGAGCCAGUGGAACUCAAAGGGGCGGGAGAGAGCGUGGGCAGCUGCAUCCCUCUUGUGGCCAAAGGGAAGAUCCCAAUAUCCAGAUUAAAGGCUCCUCCAGCCUGCGCAACCAUGUGUCCUCUGGGACUCUCCACCUUUAAGACACAUGGACCGAGAAGGGAAUCUGUUCCCCAGAUGGCUCCUGUUGAGACCUCGCCCUUUCCGGGCUCCCGCCUUCCUUCCUACAGUCACGAUGAUCCUAGGGCCGACUCCUCUCAUUCUGGUUUGGCUGGGAAAACCUGGCUUCGAUCCAGCCUCCUAGAUCUCGUGUCACGUCACAAUCCCUGCCGGGAGUGACGAGGGCUUCACUUUGGGGGGAAAACCAAGACUCAAGUCCGCGCUUCUUGAUGUCUGUCGGCACAGCUGGGGCCGGGAAUAUUUCGAAAACUGUUCUAGUAAAUACUCGCCGUCUCUCUCCCUCGUACCUACAGCGUUUAGCUGCCUAAGCACGUCACUCCUGUAGCCGAUUAUAGCUGGACUGAGCCUUUAAAAAUCAAGUCAAUCAGAGUUGGACAGACAUGAAACGGCCCCUUGAUCAUUCAUCAUUUCAUCAUAAUUGGAAAUGGUGCCUUUUUGAUGUUUAGCCCUGAAAUCCCAUGAUUCGUUUUUUCCUCCAUUGUACCCACCGCCCCAGCUCUCACAACGGCACUCUGCACCCAAUAGGAGCUCAAUAAAUCCUGCGAGAGACUAAA